CACGGAGUGGAAGGACGGAGAGACGCGUGAAGCGGCAGACCGCAUCAAAAACAAUCAGUCCUGCAGUGCUGCCAGGAUGACACAGUCCGCCUUCAAAAGUUUGACGCGGCGUUUCUAGUCACAGUUGGGAUUACUUUGGACACUUGGUGAGUUUGCGAUCUGCUGUAAACACUGACGUGUACAUUUUUAAAACAAUUUGUUUUGCUUCGCUGCUUUGGACGGACGGACUGGGUUUUUCGCCGCGUCCCCCCCCUUAGGGUGGAUUUUGUGAGAAAUGAGUGAGAGGAGGCGAUCUGCCGCAGCUCUGAGCUCUAGAGCCCACGCUUUUUCCGUGGAAGCCCUGAUCGGCUCCAACAAGAAGAGGAAGCUCCGGGGCUGGGAGGAGAAGGAGCUGGAGUUGUCCAUGGAGAGCCUCGCUACGGACGGAGAGGAUCCGGCGCACUGUCUGGAAAUGGACCCCGACUCAGAGGCGAGUCCCGGCUCAGACGGAGAAGGUCUAGCCGAGAGGACGUCGUGUUCUUUCGGCUCAUCAGCCGACUUGGCCCCGGGCCCCUGUGAUCCGUCUCCCCCGGCCUCCAUGGAUGAGAUUCAGGUGGAGCUGCAAUGCGCAGAUCUGUGGAAGCGCUUCCACGACAUCGGCACGGAGAUGAUCAUUACCAAAGCGGGAAGGAGGAUGUUUCCGGCCAUGCGUGUAAAGAUAGCAGGUCUGGACCCUCAUCAGCAGUACUACAUUGCUAUGGACAUAGUGCCUGUGGACAACAAGAGAUACAGGUAUGUGUACCACAGCUCCAAAUGGAUGGUGGCAGGAAACGCUGACUCUCCGGUUCCUCCACGGGCCUACAUCCACCCAGAUUCUUUGGCCUCAGGGGACACCUGGAUGAGGCAGGUGGUCAGCUUCGACAAGCUCAAACUCACCAACAAUGAGCUGGAUGACCAGGGACAUAUCAUCCUCCACUCCAUGCACAAGUAUCAGCCUCGUGUUCAUGUCAUCAGGAAGGACUUCAGCAGUGAACUGUCUCCAAACAAGCCAGUGCCCAGUGGGGAGGGAGUUAAGACCUUUAGCUUCCCUGAGACGGUCUUCACCACCGUCACUGCCUACCAGAACCAGCAGAUCACCAGACUAAAGAUUGACCGCAACCCAUUUGCCAAAGGCUUCAGAGACUCUGGCAGAAACAGGACUGGCCUUGAAGCGAUCAUGGAAACAUAUGCUUUCUGGAGACCUCCAGUGAGGACACUCACAUUUGAAGACUUUACCAAUAUGCAGAAACAGCAAGGUGGCAGCACAGGCACCUCUCCCACCACCUCCAGCACAGGAACUCCUUCUCCUUCUAGCGCAGCACACCUCCUGUCUCCCUCCUGCUCCCCUCCAACCUUUCACUUGGCCCCAAACACCUUCAAUGUGGGCUGUAGGGAAAGUCAGCUUUGCAACCUGGGCCUGUCGGAGUACCCGGCCUGUGCUCGCAGCAACAUGGCGGCCCUACAGGGCUAUGGCAGCCUGGCUGAAAGUUCAUAUGGACGCCUCCAGGCUGCAGGGAGUGCUGUGGCCUCUGGUCAGCCCUCUGAAUCAUUUUUGCCACAGAGGACUUCCUCCUUGAUUGCUGCCGGUAUGCAGGGCAGCACUCAUGCUUCCCUGACUGGCAGUGGCAGUGGCAGCAGCGGUGGAGGUAAGAUGGAUGGCUAUAGCGGUCAGCUCGGCUCAUUCCCAGCCUCUCAGCUUCAGUACGUGAUGCAGACUGGAGGUAGCUCCAGCUCAGCCUCGUCCUCCUCAUCUGGAUCCUCCCCUUCCUCUGCCCAUAUGUUUAGUGGAAGCCACCACCAUGUGCAGCAGGGAUCCUACAAUGCUUUCUCCCUCCACAACCCUUACAAUUUGUACGGAUACAACUUCCCCACUUCUCCUCGCCUAGCUGCCAGCCCUGAGAAGCCCCAGGGGGGGUUGCUCUGCUCCUCCACUCCAGCAGGGGCAUUCGCUGAGCGCCAGUACUUGUCCAAUGGAAGCAUGGAUACCAUGCACAUGAUCGGCAACACCACCAGCGGCCAGCAAAGCGGCAGCUCUUGUGACGGACGUCAGUAUGGCUCCUCUUCUCAGAUGUCCAUGCACAUGGUGUAGGAACUCAGAACCAACCUCACAGGGCUCCAUGUUUCUAAAGUCUUUAAUCUCAAAAGCAAAUCUAUGAACCAGGUUUGGUGUUAAUUUUUAACCAGUGUUUUCAUGUGAAGGAUGAAUAUACUGAGGUACAAAGAAACCUUUCAGAACAGGAUGUCCUCUCAGCAUUUUGUUUUUAAAGAUACUUACCACUCACAAAGAAUUACAGAGGAAGGAAAAUGAUUAUUUAAUUAUCUUUGUAUUAAUGCAGGACAGCGUCUUGAUUAUGGUACUGUUUGACAGCAAUGAAACAACAAACUCAAAUUCAGUGUUAGAAGAAGAAGAAGCAGUGUACGUACUCUGGUUCAGAAGGGAUUAUCAGUUGUGAAUGUCAUGGUGCAAUAGUAACAACAGAUUCUUCAAAUUUGACUUUUGGGGACUCAAAGGUCAUCUGGUCUUCCUGCCACUCUGUAACCAAAGAAUCUUCUGUGUGAUACAGAGUUUUUUACUCCACUCAGCACUUGUGCCAUACUGGUUCAGGAAUGUCAAAGUGUCUGUGGUUCACUGUCAUAGUUUGAAGUUUUUGGUGGGAAUGAAAGAGACAACUGAACAGGAACGCCGAAUGACUCACUGCUCCGCAUACCUGCAGGAGAGAAUCUGGUGAAUGCUGUGGCAGAUGGUGAGCACACAUAGAUCUAACUGUUCUAAGAGUUCACUGAGGAUGUUUUUCCUUCAUCCUGAAAAUGAAAGCAUACAUGCACAUUAGAAUUCAGGACUUCACCACACAACUUCUUCAACCUUUUCUCCUCUAAGACUGGAUUGGCUAUUAUUGAGUGGACUCUGAUUUAAACCACACACACACACACACACACACACACA